CGAGCAGCUCAACCCUUGUAAUUGACCCUCCUCCUAUGUUCAUAGCGAAACCCCCCCAGAAAACGUCCCUCAUCAUUGCGAACCAGGCCACCCGCAGCCGAACUGAGCUGUGAUAACGCCACCGAUACAUCUGUAUUUAAACAUGCCCAUCCUUUUUCAGGCUUGCUCCGACCUAUCAUUCUUCGAACGCGCAGAUUGUCCGUUCCUAGAGCUUUUGCUUCUCGGGUACGUCUCUAAAAUUUGUUGUUGAAGUCUUCUAACGGAGCACUCCUCUUAAUUAAUUAUACGCCCCCUAUAAUCCUGCAACAAUUUUUACCAUUAUGUAUUGUAUUAUAAUACCUUAUAUCUUUUUUUAUUUACGAAAAACCUGUUAAUACCUUAUAUCUUUUACGCGUUGCUUAAGACCCUCACUUUAUGAUUUUUGUGAAAUUGAAAACAUACUAUUUAAUAGACCAUCAUCAUCAUCAUCAUCAAAUCUGAUUAGUAACCCCCCAACACCUUCAUCAUCAACUCUGAAAAAACCCAGCCGCCAGAGAUCAAAAUGUUUCAAUGAAUACAAUUAUAUGUGAGAUUUAUUAGAUAGUAUUUGCUUCUCUCUUUAUAACACCCUAACCAAGCCGGGUACUACUUUUACCAAAAUACCCAUGAUAAAUCAUGAAACAAUUAUGAACAAAAAAAAUACUUGGAAAAAUAGUAAAUUUUUUCAUAAAUAACUUUAACCAAUACUGAGAAUAAACAGCAAUUACUUAAAACAAAGUCCUAACACUUGGGUGAAAGUCAAUCAUAAAAUCUUAAUAUGAAUCUCCAGUCUUUACUCAUAAUCAUAAAGCAAUAACUAAAACUCUACUUUGUUGUCUGCUCGUAUUCGAUCUCUGGCACCUUCAGUGACGCUUGUACUAUCCUCAUCUAGCUGGCUUGCCUCGAACAGCUUUCUCGAUCCCGCUGCUCACUAACUGCUCCUCUAACUGCAACUAUCGAUCUAGUUCUCGCUCAUUCCCUUACUAAGUCCUGGUGAGUGAGAUGGGGUCAGUCUACACCCUUACGUUUUAAUAAUUCUAAUACUUGAGUACUUUACUUAAACACUUAACUUUGACUAGUGGAAGUUGUUUGUACUUCCAAUCUUAAAAUCUUAACUCUUAAACUUUGAGGGAGUUGAAGUUACUCUCCUCUCUUUCAGCUCAAAUCUCGACUUACAUAUUUGACUGACACUGGGAUCCCUCACUAACUAGUCUGGCUGCCAACUCAUACGCAUGAGAAGCCAUCUAGGCUUUCCUUAAACUUAAACUUAGUUAGGGGAGUCGUAACAAUUCAUCCCCCUAACAUCUUAAACUUAUCGUGGUGGCUCUUCACCACCUCGAAAAUGUCUCAAAAGGCAACGGACUGCGCUAGUGACCAAAAACACUUAAAAAUGACUUCACCUUCUUGAAGGUGAGUUACUUCUUUAAAAGAACUUUAUUCUUAAACUUAACAAUAAAUUAAACAUAACACUUUAAGGUAAAUAGCACAAAAUCAUCUCAAAUCACAUCAUAUAGCACAAAAUCACCUCAAACCAUAACUCAAGCAAAGCACAAAUAAUCAAUCAUACACAUAAUCAAGCAACGGUAACCAAUUCUCUAAAAUACUUAAAUUCAUAAUACUUAAAAGAAUACGUAAGGCGUAGAAUUUACCCUCUUUACACUCACCUUGUACGAGUGAAUAAACUUGGAUAUUUAGUGGACCACUCAUCUAUUGUGUCUGCAUCUUGUAAACUUCUUGCCCGCUCCAACACCCUAGAACCAUUAUAAGUUCUUAGUUUCCAUGGAAAACCACCACUACAGUACAUAUCAAUCUCGCGUGUGGUUUAUGAUCUUCUCCCAAUCUAAAGUUCCCACUGCACAACCCACUUCAAUCAACAUGUGAUCUCACUUUCUAGAUGAAUUUCCUAUUUCUUACGUCCACUGUUGCUACCCAUUGGCAGGGAAGACAUGAGGUGUAUAUAAAAUUCCACUUAUGAAUUUACAUGCAUAUCAACGUAGUCCAUCUCUCAUCCUUGGAUUUAUUAACCCAUUAAACUUAUUAACCCCAUUUGAGAACAAACCAAUGAGCCCAGCACCGUACCUAAUAAGACCAGUCCGUGCGUGUACCUCUUUAAGCGAUCCCAGAACAACAAUACGCUCGCAGGUUCCAUAUUUAAACCUAACUACAGCUCUCUCUCUCUCUCUCUCUCUCUCUCUCUCUCUCUCUCUCUCUCUCUCUCUCACCCUCCAAAGCUUAUACGAGGUUUUGAUAGCCUUACCUUGAGUAAUAUACUUUUAUUUUGCAUGAUUUAUAUAGGGAAGGGAAGAGCAAUUUUGCGGCAACCUCACCCACCAACUGGAGAUCAAAUUGAUGUCGACCGUAAAAGACUUUCUAAAGGUAACAAAAUUCUAAAAUUUUGCCAUAAUCAAUUGAAUUCCUUAUGAUAUUAACCAACUUUAUUACUUGCAGCUAUCAAAUCUCUGAAUGUCGAACUAAAAGAAGUUACGCGCAUGCUUGCUCAUAAUGCUUUGGCACGACGCCACUUAGCAAGCUCUCCAAUGAAACACCAAAAAACCAUUUGUAAUUAUUAUAUUUCAACUGUUAUUGUUUUUAUAAUCGGCUAACACAUCCAUAUAAUGAUGUUAUUGACCUUUCUUAUUUAUUAUCUGUAGAUUUUGAAACAAGUGAAAUCUUUGUCCCUCGACUACGAUCGAAACAAGCUCGAAUCUUACGUCGUAUUAGCCUGUGUCAGAAACGAAAAACUAGAGGCAUUCCUAGACCCUUCUAUCGUCAUCGUGGUAUUCAUAUCUAUGAAAUCUGUAGCUAUUUUAUUUUCUCUUGCAAAUGUUUGGUGUGCUAAUAUGAUUUUAUGUAUCAACCUAGGAUACCCAUAUGUCCAGCCCUUUACUAUUGGGGAACCGACAUGCAUAUGUGACUUUUGUGGAGCUCUUAUGUGGAGAGAAGAAAGCAUUUACAGAACUAGGAGCCGCUUGACUCCUCAAUUCUCACUAUGUUGCAAAGCUGGGAAGAUCAAAUUGCCUCCUCGCGAUGAGCCUCCAAAAUUUCUCCGACACCUAUUGGAGUCAACCAAUUCAGAUGCCCGCCAUUUUCAAGAAUUCAUCCGACCCUACAAUGGAGUCUUUAGCUUCAUAUCCCUUGGAGGUAAGAUAAACAAAUCAAUUAAUGACGGUCGUGGGGUAUACGUGUUCUCAAUAUCUGGUAAGAUAUAUCAUCGUAUGGGCGGGUUAGUUCCGGCUGAAGGCGAUCGUCCCAAGUUUGCACAAUUGUACAUUCAUGACACUCAAAAUGAGGUCCAGAAUAGAAUGAAUUUCUUCCCAACAGAUCCAGAGGCAAACCCAUUAAGGGAGGAUAUAGUUCAAGGCCUAAAAGAAAUGCUCGACAACAAUAACAUAUUGGUCCAAACAUUUCGUUCAGCUAGAGAUCGAAUAAUGGAUCGUGAUCUUGAACAAGUACAUGUGAAGCUAUGUGCAAGAAGGAUUGGCGAUGGAAGGGAAUAUGAAUUGCCUACUGGCAAUGAAAUUGCUGCACUGAUAGUUGAUGAUGCUGGACAGAACUCAUUUGAGCCGGACAUCAUUGUCCAACAACAAAGCUCAGAACUACAACGUAUCAGCUUAUAUCAUCCAAGUUUGAUGGCUUUACAGUACCCAAUAUUAUUUCCAUUUGGAGAGGAUGGAUGGCAUCCAAAUAUUGAACAGUGUCCAGAGCUUGAUGAGGAUAAUGAAAAAGAACCUAAGAUGGUAUCACAAUGUGAUUACUAUAGCUACCGACUACAAACAAGGUUUGAUCAAUCGAAUUCAUUGUUGUUGGCCGGUAAGCUGCUGCAACAAUAUGUAGUCAAUGCAUAUGCUUUGGUGGAAGCUGAGCGCCUUGACUGGAUAAGAAAUAAUCAGUCAAAAUUGCGACGCCAUUAUUACAGUGGAUUGGUUGAUUCGUUUCUACGGGGUGAUACAGAUCUAAAGUUGACUGGGCAACAUAUCAUUUUGGCGUCCACACACACAGGCAGCCCUCGGUACAAAUAUGAGAAUUUCCAAGAUGCUAUGGCAAUAUGUCGUUGGACUGGGUAUCCAGAUUUGUUUAUUACAUUUACCUGCAAUGCUAACUGGCCGGAGAUUCAAUUCAUGGUGGAUAUUAUUAAAGCCAACGGCCGCAAGGAUUACAACCGAGCAGAUGUCAUUGCCCGAGUCUUUAGACUAAAGUUACUACAAUUGAUGCUUGAGAUUAGAGACAAACAAAUCUUCGGCAAGACCUCUGGUUGUGAGUGAUUUUCAUAGUUAAUUUUUCUUCUUAUAAAUUACUAUGUAACUCUUGAUACUAAUUUUGGACUCACCCUACAGAUGUUCAUGCAAUUGAGUUCCAGAAGCGCGGACUUCCACACGCUCAUAUCUUAGUUUUCUUGGCUGCAGAAGAUAAGCCUGCCACCCCAACAGAGAUCGACUCUAUUAUCUCCGCAGAAAUUCCUGAUCAGAACCUUGAUCCUGAAGGUUAUAAUGCCGUGACCUCUUUCAUGAUACAUGGUCCAUGUGGACCUUCAUCUCCAAAUGCCCAAUGCAUGAAAAAUGGUAUUUGCACAAAACACUUUCCAAAACAAUUCUGUACUCAAACUACAAUUGAUGAAAAUGGUUUUGCUAAGUAUCGCCGGCAAGACACAGGAACUGUGACAGUUAAUCGAACCGAAGUUGAUAAUCGUUAUGUUGUUCCUUAUAAUCGGUAUUUGCUCUUGCGUUUUGGUGCACAUAUCAAUGUUGAGUUCUGCAAUCGUUCAAGGUACGUACUUAUUCUACUGUAUUGUACUUUAUUAUAAGUAUAACUCAUUUUACCUAUCGUUGAUUCCUACGUAAUUGGUUGAUAUUGUUAUCCUAUUUCCUUUUGUUCAUAGACUCCUUAUUCUUUCCGAAAUAGUUUCUAUAAUUCGUUUUGUUUAGUACACUCCAGCCCAUUUGAAAAAAGAAAAUCAAUCAUUUAGGUUUUUUCCGCUUACAUAAAUCUUCUAAAUUAGUUCAAUAUCUAGAAAUAUAAAUUUUUCAGUGAUAUUUUAGUCUCAUUAUUUGUCUUUCCUUCUUUUUCCUUUGUAAAGUUUGUCGUAGCAUACUUCUCCAUGCAUAUGGCUAUAUUUUGUUGUGUGUUCAUAUUUUACAAUUUUUAUUAUUCUCAAUGUUAUCAAAUGAUCAUAUUUAAUAUUCUGGAAACAUUGAAACAUAACAUUUGUAAUUCUCCAAGAAUUUUAAGAUUUAUUUGGCCAAAUAAGGAAUAUUUAUUUUAAAUAUAUUUACUUUCCCAUGUAUGCAAUUCUACCAUCUAUUAUUAAAUAUUUUUUGUAUGACUUGCCUACCAACUCACUUAGCACAAUAAAAAAUAAAAAUAUUUGAUCAAGCAUCCCUUUAUUCAGCUAUAUAAUAGUAUAGAAUAAAUAUAUUUUUCACAACGUCUACUUUAACUCUAACAUCCACUUCCUACUAAUUAUAUAAAUAUAAUUUUAACAAAAUAACGAAUCUUGGUUUGAAAUAAAUUUUUCUACCAUAUAUUAUUAACUCUAAAUUUUUAAAUUGUUACCUACCAACUCAAGACAAUGACAAAUGUACAUAUUUGAUAUAGCUUCCCUUUACUCAACAUAGGACGUAUAAAAGCUCUAAUGCAAUCUCCUUCUUUUACAGGGCCAUAAAGUACUUAUUCAAGUACAUUAACAAACCCGCCGAUCGAGCUACAUCAACAUUAGUCGGGAACCAGAUAUCAAACACAAAUACACAAGUUUCAGACAGUUCUGCAGGGGCAAGACAUAUUGACGAAGUCAAAGCUUUCCUGGACUGUCGAUAUGUAACAGCCAGAGAAGCCUGUUGAAGAUUGUUCAAGUUUGAUAUAUGCAAUCAGUUCCCUGCUGUUUUGAGAAUGUUAUUUCAUCUACCUGGCGAGGACACUGUUCACUCAAAUGCGAACUCGAACAUCAAAGAUUUACUACAGUCACAAUGUUCGAUGCUGUUAGCAUGGAUGUCAGCCAAUUCAACCUAUGAAGAAGCUCGCCAGUAUACAUUUGUGGAAUUUCCACAACAUUACGUAUGGAAGGCACAUGAUGGAAAGUGGCAAAAGAGAAAAUCGAGAAAAUGUAUUGGACGAUUAUACUACUGCUCACCAUCUGCGAAUGAGCGAUACUACCUGCGCAUGUUACUCCAUGUGGUCAAAGGUUGUCGUAGCUUUGAAGAAAUCAGAACAAUCAAUGGAGUCACAUGUAAGUCUUUUCAAGAAGCAUGCUAUGCUUAUGGCCUUUUAGCAGAAGAUAAUGAGUGGAAUGAUUGCAUGGCAGAGGUGGCAUUUUGGGCUUCAGGAGAAAGACUAAGGAAGUUGUUUGUUACUAUCCUUAUGCAUUGCAGAGUUUCUAACAUUGCUUCUUUUUGGGCAAACAAUUGGAAGCUGAUGUGCGAUGAUUUAUUGCACUCACAUCGGAAAAAAAUACAAAUGCCAAAUCUGAUCCUAUCCGAUGUUGACUUGAAGGACCUUUGCUUGCUUGAGAUCGACAAGCUUUUACAACAGCAUUGGAAAACUCUAGCCGACUUCCCCGGACUACCAAUUCCAAGUGGCCACAAUGCUUCUCUUGAGAAUAGAAUGAUUGCAGAGGAAUUGGAUUACGACAUUGAGCAGUGUGAAACGCAUUUCCAGAAAUUGUAUCCUAAAUUGAACCACCAACGGAAACUGGCCUUCGAUGAAAUCCUACUCUCGGUGAAUGAAAACCAAGGAAGGUCCUUUUUUGUUGAUGGAUUUGGUGGAACAGGUAAAACGUUCUUAUGGCAACUACUGUGUCUAAAACUGCGCUCUGAGAAAAAGAUAGUGCUAUGUGCGGCAUCAUCUGGUAUAGCAGCUUUGUUAAUGCAGGGAGGGAGAACAGCUCAUUCAAGAUUCCACAUCCCCAUAGAUGCGAAUUCCACAGCAACAUGCUAUAUUCAACAAGGCACAGAGUUAGCAGAAUUAAUUCAACAGACUUCUCUUAUUAUAUGGGAUGAGGCUACAAUGGCACACAAGCAUUCUAUUGAAGCUUUGGAUCGAUCAUUACGAGAUAUAUUGUCCAUAAAAUAUCCAAACAAUGAUGAUGUGCCUUUUGGAGGAGUCACAGUGGUUUUCGGGGGGGAUUUUCGACAGACUUUGCCAAUCAUUGACAAGGGUACGCGUUCCCAAAUUGUUGCUUCUUCUCUUAAAUAUUCAUAUCUAUGGGGUACUCUGACAGUUCUGAAGUUGAAAGAAAACAUGAGAUUAGCUAGAUCAAAUUGUACAUCCGAAGAAGCUCAACAGAUAUCUCAAUUUAGUAAAUGGCUGCUCGAAAUAGGAGAUGGGCUAGAGUCUGAUAUUUUUGGGGAAUCUGAUAUAUGCAUUCCCCUAGAGUUGGGUGUUCCGCGGAUAUUAGACCCAAUAGAAGACAUUGUCAAUUCGACAUACCCAAACCUUAAAGCUUCAGCAAGUGAUAACACAUAUUUGGUCGGAAGAGCUAUAUUAGCACCACACCACAAUAUGGUGUCUGCGAUAAACUCAUAUGUGCUACAAAUGUUCCCUGGUGAAGAAGUGUCAUAUUAUAGCUCGGACUCCAUAGAGGUAGAUCCCGGGAAUGAAUAUAUCACCGAGUCGGAUUACUCAGUGGAGUUCCUAAAUACCUUAAAGAUUGGAAAUUUUCCUGAGCAUGCAUUGAAGUUGAAGAUAGGUUGUCCGGUUAUAUUAUUGAGAAAUAUGGACCAGAGCACUGGUUUAUGCAAUGGAACAAGGAUGAUAAUCAAGAAAUUGGGUACUUGGUUUAUAGAGGUAGAAAUUCUUAUGGGUACACAUGUUGGUAGCACAGUUUUCCUCCGCAGAGUGACAUUGACGACAUAUUACAAGAGCUUGAAUUUUACACUCAUCAGGCGGCAAUAUCCAAUAGCAUUAUGUUUUGCAAUGACAAUAAACAAAAGCCAAGGUCAGACGCUUCAACAUGUUGGAUUGUGCCUGCAGAAACAGGUAUUUGCACAUGGUCAACUCUAUGUUGCUCUCUCUAGAGUGACGACAAAACAUGGAGUAAAGAUUCUUAGCUUGGAUGAUCAAGGAGAGGAACGUCACACAAUGCAAAAUAUAGUCUAUCGAGAGAUAUUGGACUAAAUAUUAACCCGUAAGUACUCGAAGAAAACUAUUUUACACCCAUUCUUCGCAUACUUAAAUAUUAUGUAUUUGUCCCUCUUUAUUUUAGGUUAUAUGUAAAUUGCAUUUCCUGAUUGUAUGUUUCUUAUUCCCCACUUUAAAUAUUUUUGUUGCCAAAACUGCAGUUAAGAAUAAAACCAUAUAGCCUACUACUUUCAUUUCGGGAUUCAAAUUUUAUAUAUUUUAAGCAUAUUUGCAGGUUGUUUGCCAUUUACUUGAAGCUAGAAGAGAAGGUUAUAAUUGGGGCUUCCAUCAAGUUUCAAACUCACUACCAAACAUCAUCACCAUCUUCCACAACCACUAUGUGGCUCACCGUAAUUCCAUCAUUGAAGACUUGAAGUACAGUUUUGUAAACUAAUUUAACUUCAUGUUAGAACCUUUGUCAUUUUGCUAAAGAUUAUUUAUCUUAAUGUUGCAAAAUUGAUUUUCAUAUUGGCGCCUAAUAUUAUUUCGAUGAUUUAGUUUCUUAGUUACGUCAAUGCGAUAUAACAAAAAAAAUAUAGACAAAACUUCAUUCGAUACAUUUUCAACCAUCCAAUCAAAUUAAUCAAACUGCCAUUUAAUUGAUUUGGUAAUUAUACUGGUAAAAAAUUGGUGUUGUUAUAAUAUUGAACGACUGUCGAAUUACAGCAGUGAAAAUGAAUCGUUUCUUCAAUAUAACAUGGGUGAAAAAUUGAAGCUACUCAAAAGCAGAGUAAUUAAUAGUUUUUAUUUUCCAUGACGAAUUGAGGGUUCAGAUGAAUAGGUACCAACCCAUUCACACAAUUUCUAUUAAUUGCCCUGGAGAAUGCCGAUAUGAUGAUGGUGAAGUUUGCGAUUUGGUCGCCUGAGUACAAUUUUGUGUUUUUAUCGCUGAUUGUAAGUUUCAAUUUUCAGAGUCUUCAAUAGCGCUUAACUCCACCCCUAAUCGCACACAACAUCACUUUUACAAAUGAUCAUUAAAUUAUUCGACAUGGUUAGAUUGACAUGUUUUUUAUACAAUAAAAUUGACAAUGUUAUAGCAAAACAUCUAAAACAGAAUAUAAUAAUAUGAUUUGGUCCCAAAUGAAAUAAUCAUCUCAUUCUUGAUUCUAAAUGUCUAAUACUUAACACACAGGGUGGACAAAAUAUACUUAUAACAAUAGACAUUCUACAAAUUAAAUUUUUUGAGUUUUUAAUUAUUAAUUUUACAUGCGGUUGAAGGGAUGUGCAUGGGAAGGAAAAGUCCACCCUCCAAUUAGAAUCGUGAACAUCUAGAGUGAAAACUAAUACUGUAAAAAAAAUGAAAAAUAAAACUUUAACCCAAAUAAUCUUGCAUGAUCAAGAGUUUUUUUUUUUUUUUGUGUAACGUAUGCAAGAGUUUAGCUACAAUGAAUCUUGAUAUGACUACAGUUCCACAAUUAAAACUAUGUGAAUAAAGGAAAUAAAUUAUUGCUCAGAAUACAUCUUACUUAACUUAUCUUAAUUAACUUCUACAUAUAUCUUCAUAAACUCAGAAUACAUGACGUGCCAACAUUUUCAAACUAAAAUCAAAUGAAAGAAAUAAAUUAUUGCUCAAUAGGUUUUGAAACACACAGGACCUCUUCCGAAAAUAUAGUGGCCCAUUUUCGUUUUUGAUGAAUUAUAGUGGCCCAUUUCUAAUCCACAAUUGGCCCGCAUUAGUUACUCUAUUCCCAAAACCCUCCCGUUACCCACUCCCCUCGGCAAAGCUGAGGGAAGACGGCGGCGCCGCAUCAGCAUUAUCAUUCCCAACCCGCACCUGCACACUCUUAAUUGCAAUUACUGCAGUAGACCGGAUUUUUCACCGUGGCUUUUACGUUCCAAGAGCUCCUGCCGUACUACCAUUCCAGCCAGAGGUUACCGGAUUGAAGGGCCUGCCGUUUCGGUUCCUGGAGCUGCUGCAGGUAGCUGGAUUUUAAGGCCAGUCGGGUUUUGUUUCCAAAAGCUGUGUGCCAAUCAAUUAAGAUGCGGACAGGGGAAUACGAAGGUAAACUGCGCCUCUAAAUUGAUUUAUUCGCCCUCUUAAAUUCAACAAUCACUAUUACUCACUACCGCAAUCCACUCAUCUCCUUCCGUUGUGGCAGAUAACAUCUGUAUUGAUGUAUUAUUAUACUUUCCAGCCGUUAUUCCAAUAGUUGCCGGAAAAUUUUCAGCUGCAUACCACUGAACAGUCGUAACUCUUCAACAGACCCCACACAUCAUCAACUAUAAAUAGUAUAUUCAGAGCAUCACCAUGUCACAACCGCAUCUUUUCAACUUCGACGAAUAAUGGCACACCAAGUACUCCAGAAUCUCAAGCAGCAAAACAGAUUCACCGGGACAAUCAGAUGCAGAGUUUCGCGAAUUUGGGAAGCAAUCAACACAAACAAUGGCAGGCGCCUACACUUGGAUAUGAUACUUAUUGAUGAACAGGGAACAGAUAUAUGGUGCCAAAUCCCAGCUUCAAGCAUUCAUAGGUUCCAGAAUCGCCUCCAAGAACAGCAAAUCUAUGAUUUUCGGGAUUUCAAAGUGUCCGUUCUCAAGGAAAACUUCAGGCCAUGUAACAAUCAGCUAUUCAUUCAGUUUGAACCCGAUACAGUGGUGACCCACGUUGCAGCUGUUGCUGAAAUUCCAGCAUUCAGUUUCAAUUUCAUCAAAUAUGAUAAAAUUGCACCAAGAAGUGGACAGAAUCGAUGGUUAAUAGAUGCUGUAGGCCACUUAAAAAACUACUCGGAGCUCAAGACAACUUCUCUUAUUCGGACCACAUCCCGCAAGGAACUUCAUAUCCAGCUAGCAGAAGGCCCUCCUGUGAGAGUCACCAUAUGGGACAGAGUCAUUGACCAAUUCGAUGCAAUCAUCGAUGCAAAUGGAACUGAAGAAAUUGUCUUGGUCAUCACAUCUGUCUGGGUGAAAAAACAGCAAGGUGAAGAUACUCUGUCAGCUACAGGAGCAACAAAACUGUAUGCAAACAUGGACAUUCCAGAAGUCAUUGCACUUCGAAAUAGGAACCAUGGAAUUGAAGUACCUGCUCUUAUUCCACAAAACCAACCACCUGAAAUUCCUGCCAUCAACAUAAAAGACCUGGCCUCAUUGGAAGCUAUGGAAAACAAUAUGAACCAAGUCUUCUCAGUCCGCGGUACAGUGCUCGGCAUAAAACCCAAAUGGUUUUACAUGGGAUGUGCUACGUGCCCAAUCAAAGUGGAACCGGACAUGCCCGAAUACUCAUGCACAGAGUGUCAGGCCAUUCAUACCAAAGCCAUAGAGAGGUAUCGAUUCCAUCUCAUUGUGAAGGACAACACCGGCCGGGCUGAUUUCAUCAUUCUAGAUCGUGCAGCCCAUCGCUUCUUUGGCAUCGAAGCUGAGAAACUCUGCAACACGAGUACAUAUGAGAAGGACCAACUGCCAAGCAUUUUGCUGCAAGUUGUCAACAUGCAGUUGAAGUUCCACAUAAGGCUCACCAACUUCAAUUACACACACCCCAAAACUGAGUAUACUGUCAUCAACAUCACUGAUACACCAAUCCAAGGAAAAGUGCCACAAAAAACAACCAAUGAAGGAAGCAGCUCCAACAUAACAGGUGCCAAUCAAGGAACCAGCUCAAACAUUACAGGUGAGAACUCAACAAGAGGGAAUGACCCAAAAGACAUCGACGAGGCAAACCCAGAUUCUACAGAACCGGACAGCAUCCAAACCAAAAAGAAGCCACGUGUUAUCAUCUCUGAUGAUGAAGAUUGAUGAAUAUGCUUGCUUAGUAGUUACCGCUUUCGUGCUGUAUUCCAAGUAGAUGACACUCUACAAUAUCUAAAUAAAAACAGCAUUACAAUAAAACAAUGGCCAGAAUACUACAUAUAAAUAAUAAAGUUCCUAUAACUUCCCGUCAUCGUUGUUAAUGAAACAUCUUUCUUUGCUCAAUUUUAGCCUAAGACUACAAUGACCAUAUUUUCAUAUAAAUAAAGUAAAGGUUGAAUA